GCGGAACAGGGUCUCCUCCCGCAGUGGAUGUGCAUCCAGGUGAUAGCGCUCACACUGUCGCGUGGACCAUCGCUCUUCACCCAACGAUUUAGUUCAGAGUCAGCUCGUGGUCUCUCAUGCCACUACGCGAAGCUGAUCGAAGGCGGAGAUGAAGAGUGGUGGUGCGCAAUGGCCAACAGUGCCAGGCCUGUGGUUCGUCGUCUCCCUCUCCGUCUAACACUUCAAUGUGACGUUCAAACACACCCGAUCCCGAAUUGACGAACGCAUGCGAUCUGCGCUCGCUUCCCCUGGGGGUCCUGGCUUGCCACAUAUAGCUUGAUAGCGGUCCUCUGCUUCCCACGUGGGCGGACAGAAAGUCGUUACUGGGCCGUUGUCUCUACAAGCACUCUCAAGGCUUCCAGACUUUUGCUUGAUAAAAUUUGAGAAAUAUGGAUCUGAGAAGCUUGAAAUGGCAAGAUCGUGCAUGCGAGCAUGGCAUGCACGAACUUGAGGAGCGAAGUCUUAUAAAAAUGCGCCGUCCGUUGAGAUCUGGUCGAUUUCAGUUGGCCAUCUCACUUCAACUUUGAAAGAACAUCUCAAAGGGCAACCGUCCGAUAUUCAGUCAGUAUGGCGAAAAUGCAUAAGCUUGACUGGCUCUUUGCUAUUGGUGUCAUUUUCUUCCUGCUCUCUGUCUGGGGUAUUGGAGCAAACGAUGUUGCCAAUUCAUAUGCCACAUCGGUGAGCUCGAAGUCCCUAACCUUGAUCCAAGCCGGCGUCUUGGCUACAUGCACCGAGUUCAUCGGCGCAAUGGCGCUUGGUCAGGGAGUGACGAGCACCAUCCGUUCUGGUGUCUUCUCGAUUACACCUUUUGAGAAUUCUCCUGGCGUGUUGAUCCUGGCGAAUGUUGUCGCUGAAAUUGGCUCGGCCACAUGGUUGACCGUUUGCACGCGCUUGGGAUUCCCAGUCAGCACCACUCAAUCCAUUGUCGGUGCUUUGGUGGGAGUCGGUAUUGCUUCUGAUAUUUCCGUCAACUGGGGUUGGAAAAAGUCCAGUGUCUCACAAAUCGCUGCAUCCUGGGCAAUUGCACCCUGCAUUGCGGCCGGCUUCGGUGCCGUCAUCUUUGGUUCGAUUCAACUGCUCGUUCACUCCCGCAGCGAUCCCCUUAAGUGGGCCAUCCGCCUGAUUCCAAUUUACUAUGCGGUGACGGCUGGUAUCUUGUCGCUAUUCAUUGUCAUCAGUGGAGGACAUGGUAUUCCGACCCUGAAGGAAAUGGGUGCUGGUGAAGCCACUGGCAUCAUCCUUGGUGUUUUCGCCGGCACGCUCGUCGUCGCAGCUGUCUUCUUUUUGCCAUAUUACCAUGCAAAACUCAUCAAGGAGGAUACGCGGCUCCGUCCCUGGCACAUUCCCAUGGGCCCACUCUUGUGGAACGCGAACUAUACCCUGUACUUGCCUGGAAAAGCCGACCAUGAAGUUGUACCGGACUACUAUGCUUCCGAGCUGAAGACCAAAGAUUCGGAUGAAGAGAGCCACGACGUUGACCAUGAGAAGACCAUGGUCAAGGACGGAAAUCAAGGACCGCUGGCCGAUGAUCCUGACAGUGGUGCUGUUCCAGCAGCCGCAGCUGCAAAGGACCCGGCAGUACGGGAUCACAACAAAGACCUCCAGGCUGUUGAUAAGCUUCCAUGGGCACACCCCCGCCGGAUCUGGGCAACCAUCAAGCUCGUCACCACAUACGGCAUUACUCGUGAUGUGAUUGCUCACCAGUCGCGCGGUCUAGACCACGUUCACCGUCGCGCCGUGGUGUAUGAGAACAAGGUCGAACAUUUGUGGACGACUGCCCAGGUGUGCACUGCCAUGCUCAUGUCCAUUGCGCACGGAGCCAACGAUAUCUCCAACGCCAUUGGUCCCUUCACGACCGAGUAUGAGACCUGGAGCACUGGAGUUACCUCGGCCAAGACCGAUACUCCUCUCUGGAUCAAGGCUGUCGGUGGUCUUGGGCUGGGUUUCGGAUUCUGGACUUUUGGUUACCAUAUCAUGCGUAACUUGGGCAACCGCAUCACCAAGCAUUCACCUACUCGCGGCUACUCUAUGGAACUUGGAGCUGCCAUUACCGUGCUCUUGGCCACUCAGUUGAGUCUGCCGGUUUCCACCACUCAGUGUAUCACCGGAGCUAUCAUUGGUGUCGCCGUCAUGAACCGUGACUUGAGAAGCAUCAACUGGAGGCAACUUGGAAAGAUCUUCAUCGGUUGGGUUCUGACUGUGCCAUGUGCUGGACUGAUCAGUGGUAUCAUCAUGGGUAUGGCACUCAACGUUCCACAUUGGGGUCCGAGACCGUAAAUGAUCAAAAAGGCAAGCAUGGUCAGAUGGAUUUGGUCACCGGUCGAAUUCUGCAGUCAAUUUUGGCGAAUAGCGCAGACAGCUGGAGAAAAGUAGUCAUGUAUUCCCGGCCAGAAAGCAUAGUAAUAUGGAGGGAAAUAAGAAUGAGC